AUGUUGUUGCUGUCAAAUUCGAUAUCUCAUCCUGGUGUUUUUUGGUCGGAAACGAAGUCCCUGUUAUGUGAAGACAUUCUGUAUCAGCAACGAAAGAUAACUAGUAUUGCAGAUUUGGAUCUUCAACAAGAAGAACUUGAAAAUAUCUGUCUAUCUGAAAUUGAAAAGUUGCUACUUACCAAUGGAAGUACAGUGAGAAAUUUUGAUGAUAUGCCAAGUGUUCCGGACAAUUAUGUUUCAUCGUUGAAUAAUCGAUUGAUAAUGAAAGAAUUAUCGUAUGACAGACUAGCUCUUCAAAGGGAACAUGAUGGUUAUGUAAAGUGUUUAACUGCCGAACAGGAAAGGAUAUAUAAAAUUGUUAUGGAAGCGACUGAAAAAGGUGAUGGAGGUGUGUUUUUUGUAUAUGGUUAUGGUGGAACUGGAAAGAUGUUUCUUUGGAAGACAUUCUCAGCUGCAUUACGAUCAAAAGGUGAAGUUGUAUUGAAUGUUGCAUCCAGUGGAAUUGCUUCACUUUUGCUGGAUGGCGGUAGAACUGCUCAUUCAAGGUUUGUAAUUCCAAUCAACAUUAAUGAGAAUUCAAUAUGUUCGAUAGAGCCUAAUACUGAGUUAGGUGAUUUAAUUAAAAGAGCAACUUUGAUUAUUUGGGAUGAAGCACCUAUGACUCACAAGCAUUGUUUCGUGGCUCUUGAUAGAACAAUGAGAGACAUAUCACGUUCCAGUCAACCGAACAUGGAAUCCAAGCCGUUUGGGGGAAAGGUCAUUCUAUUUGGUGGUGAUUUUAGACAAAUUCUUCCGGUCAUCCCUAAAGGUACCAGAACAAUGAUAGUCAAUGCUUCUUUGAAUUCUUCUUAUAUAUGGCGAUACUGUCAAGUACUAAAGCUAACUGAGAAUAUGAGAUUAAGAGUUGGUUGUCAGGAAGCAGAUUUGAAAGAAUUAAAGGAAUUUGGAGAAUGGAUUUUAAAGCUUGGUGAUGGUCUGCUUGGUGAAGAAAAUGAUGGUGAGAUAGAUAUUGAAAUACCAGAUGAUUUACUUAUUCAUGACCAAGUCAAUCCUAUUUCUUCUCUCAUUUCAUUUACAUAUCCGGACAUGAAUAAGUUUUUGUGGGAUUUAACGUAUUUCCAGCAAAGAGCGAUUCUUGCUUUAACUAAUGAAGUAGUGGAUUCAAUAAAUAAAGAGUUGUUAGAGAGUCUGCCUGGUGAAGAAAAGGUUUAUUUUAGUUCAGAUAGUUUAUGCCAAUCUGAGGAAGAAUCAGAGCUUAAUAUGGCAUUGUUUCCUCCUGACCAUAAAUUAGUACUGAAACUUGGUGCUCCAGUGAUGUUACUCAGAAACAUUGAUCAGGCAAAUGGAUUGUGUAACCGUACACGUUUACAAGUCACGAAGCUCGGAAAAGUUGUGAUUGAAGCAAAAAUUAUCACAGGGACUAAUAUAGGUCAUCAUACUUUGAUUUCAAGACUGAAGAUGACACCUUAUGAUAAAAGAAUACCAGUGAAGAUUUCUCGAAGACAAUUCCCACUUUCACUGUGUUUUUCUAUGACAAUAAAUAAAACUCAAGGACAAUCAUUGGAGCGUGUUGGUUUAUAUCUUCCUCGUCCAAUGUUUAGUCAUGGCCAGCUCUAUGUUGCUGUAUCUAGAGUAAAAAGUAGGGAGGGGUUAAAAGUUUUGAUUUGUGAUAAAGAGAAACGAGUCUGUACAACCACUACUAAUGUGGUUUACAAAGAAGUUUUAUAA